UUUACCAAAACAUUACACACGAGCGACUUUGAACCAGAAACCGGUGAAAAUAUUACCGGAAUUUUCUUCUAAAAAACUGCUUUUUCCUUCUCUUAAACAUGGCAGAAGCCAGAGCUGCCGUUACUAGGCCCGACGUAAAGCUUCACCCCGAAGGAACAAGCGCAAAAGAGGCAGAAUUUGAGCUCCUAAAGAGCACUUUUACGUCGUUGAAGAAAUGCGCUUUCAGGACUCGGCAGCAAAUUCGAAAUGGUCUGUGGCCAACGACAUGGAGUAAUCUACUUGGUGCAGUCAUCAUCCUCAUUGGAAUCAUCCAUUAUGAUCAUCAACAUCCUUCAGACUUAUUGCAGCCUUUUACAAAAGUGGUAUGGUGGCUGGGCGAACUAAUCUACCUGGACGAGUCAUAUCCCUAUAACUUCAGGGUGGUUAUAUUGUCUAUUAUCAUUGGUGUCAUCUUCUUUAUUGUGUUACUGUAUCUGCGACAGUAUGUUCUACGAAUGCUACUAGCCUAUAGAGGCUGGAUGUAUGAGAAUCCACGUUCACAAAGUAAACUUACUCUUUUGUGGGGUGCCAUGGUUCACAUAUGUACUGGUCACCAUCCAACGCUGUACAGCUUCCAGAACAGUCUGCCUCGUAUGCCAGUACCAUCGUUGAAGGACACAUGUAGCAAGUUCCUUGAGUCUGUUCACCCCUUGAUGGAGGAUGAAGAAUUUGAAGAAAUGAAAGCAUUGGCUAAGGAUUUUGAAAAAAAUCUUGGUCCAAAGCUGCAGUUCAUCCUGCAGUUGAAGUCCUGGUGGGCACCAAACUACCAUACCGACUGGUGGGAGAAGUACGUAUAUCACAUGGGACGCUCCCCUCUACCUAUUAAUAGUAACUACUACGGCAUGGAUCAAGGGUGGUACCCCACAAGGGUGCAGUCAUCCAG